UUUUUCCCUUUUUUUAAAUCUCUAGCCACCAUCUGUCUCUAAAUUAAAAAUUAUAAUCAUUCUCCACCUUCUGGCGCCGGCGAGUAUGGAUUCCGAGCAUCUGAAUUCCAAAGGCAUGGCGAUCAUCGUGCUUAUGGGCGUCUGUGGCUCCGGAAAGUCUACCAUUGGAGAGAUGCUGGCGAAGGCGAUGAACUUGAACUUUCUUGAUGCCGAUGAUUUCCACCCCAAUUCUAACAAGGAGAAAAUGUCGAAAGGAAUCCCUCUUUCGAACGAAGAUCGACUGCCAUGGCUCGAGAAGGUUCGAGACGCCUUGAAAGAGAGCAUAGCUUGUAAGAAAAGUGUGGUUUUGGGGUGUUCAGCUCUUCAAAAACAGUACAGAGAGAUUUUGAGAUCAGCUGAUCCAAAUUAUGAAAUAGGAAGCUGUGUGGUGAAGUUUGUUCUUUUGGAUGCUCCACCUGAAGUGAUUGCUUACAGAUUAGAGAGAAGAGCCAAAGAAGGGAACCAUUUCAUGUCUUCUACUCUUCUGGAAUCUCAAUUGGAUUUGUUAGAGAUUGAUGAUUCUGAAGGUAUUUUAAAGGUUGAUGCUACUCUAACUCCUCAAGUUAUUGUGACUAAUAUUCUUAAGGUUGUUUUUGGUUCUCUUUGGUUUUGACCAACAAAUGAGAGAUCAUAGUUGAUUUUCUUGUAUAAUCCAAUUGUAUUCUUGGGUUUGGGCAAUUUUUGUGUGUGAUUCUCUGGUAUCUUUUUUGAAAAAUAAAGAUGUUGUUUAAAAAUAUAUUUUUUCUUUUAA